UAUUUAACUUACUAAAGUUUAAAUCGAUCAGUUAAACAUGUCGAUGUUAACAUAUGUGUUAUAUUAAAUGAGGUACUGUGGUUAUACAUCAGUUGAGACUGAGGAUAGUCGGUGCUGUGUGUUGAUGCUCUAUCGAUCUGUUCAUUACUAAACAGUUAGGUUGCGUUUUAUAUCUGUCUGAUUGACACUUUCUGUUAUUAACCAUUUUAACACAUACGUCAUUUCAUUACCGGUGUGCAAGUUUGAUGAAAUAAUUUGUUGUGUUGUUUUAAGGAAGAAAAAAUAUUGGAUUUCGACAUUUUUCAAAUUAAAAAAAAUAUUGGAUUUAAAUAUGGCUUUGGAUGAAAUAAAAUCGGAAUUAGGAGGGAAAUGGAAAUUAGACCGAAGUGAGAAUUUCGACGAUUUUCUUAAGGAGUUGGGUUUAAAUAUUGUGUUCAGAAAACUAGCUGGAGCUGCUACUCCUACAGUGGAGUUUACAGUUGAAGAUGGUAUUAUUAAAAUGAUGUCUAAAGUUAGCUUUUUCAACCAAGUAUUAACAUUUGACUUAGAGAAAGAACAUGUACAAUCGUUUGAAGGAUCGGAAAUGAAUUGUAAAACAAGAUGGGAAGAAAAAAAACUAAUAACGGACGCAAAACCAAUGAACGACAAACAGAAACCACAGACUUUCCAACGACAAAAACUUAACGAUGAACUAGUACAGACUAUGUGGGUUGGAGAAGUUAAAUGUAUACGAUAUUUCAAGCCAGUUAAUUGAAGAGGCUGUUUGAGAUUAUAUAUGAGGGUAUAUACACAUGUGAUAUUAUUCAAGACCAGUGACCUGUUUUUAUUUGUGGUAUUGACACUGCUUCGACAACAGAAAUAGUACAUACAUGUACAUAAAACAAACUUUAUUGCUGUACAAAGGAUGCCUAAUUUAGCCUUAUUCCAUAGAAAUAUUUUCAUAGUUUAUUUUUGUUUAUACUUGGAUAAAUUUAUGUAUGUCAUGAUAUUUUCACAUAAUACUUAUACUGUAUUAGAAUGGAUAAAUGAUCAUUCGAUGA